AUGUACAUGAAAAACUUCUUGUCGUAUUGUGUAUUGUUUGUGGAAUUCAGAUUUGUUUUUGGAAAAAGGGCUUGCCCUGGUAAUAACCCUCAUGACCGGUCUACAUGGUGUGACUAUGAUAUCCACACGGACUACUAUUCGAUUGCACCAGAUACUGGUGAUACUCGGGAGUAUUGGUUCGAGCUUAAGGAAGCCACACUGGCCCCUGACGGAAUUCCUCGAUAUACUCAGACAAUCAAUGGCUCAAUUCCUGGACCGACAAUUUAUGCCAAUUGGGGCGAUGAAGUGAUAGUCCAUGUCACAAAUCAUCUAUCUCAGUCAAACAAUGGCACCUCUAUCCAUUUUCAUGGUAUCCGUCAAUUAAACACUAAUCAGAAUGACGGCGUUGUCUCAAUUACUCAGUGUCCCACUGCACCGGGGGACACAAUCACUUACAAGUGGCGUGCAACUCAAUAUGGAACGACCUGGUAUCAUUCCCACUUCAGCCUGCAAGCGUGGGAAGGCCUGAUCGGAGGCAUCGUCGUAGAAGGGCCUGCCAGCGCGAACUAUGAUGAGGAUCAAGGAAUCAUUAUAUUGACUGACUGGAGCCAUGAGACUCCCGACGAGCUAUUCAUCUAUGCAGAGACGAGUGGUCCUCCUUACCAGGAAAAUGGGCUCAUUAACGGUACCAAUGUCUGGGGCAGUGGCCGGGAUCAAGUUGGUGAACGCUUUACAACUCAAUUCGAGCCAGGUACUUCGUAUCGUCUACGACUGAUAAAUACCGCCAUUGACACCCAUUUUACAUUUUCCAUUGAUAACCACACCAUGACCGUCAUAGAAGCGGAUCUCGUUCCAGUCAAACCUUUCACAACAGACGUGCUCACGAUAGGCAUUGCUCAACGUUACGAUGUUAUCGUGAUAGCUGACCAAGCUCAUAUUGCCGACAAAUUCUGGAUGCGUGCUGUCCCACAAACUGACUGUUCAAACAAUAACAGUACAGACAAUAUCAGGGGAAUCGUGUAUUACGGUCACCGUGCACACGGCACACCAACUACCAUUGGAUACAAUACCACAACAGGCUGCAUUGAUCAAACAAGCAGUCUCUCCCCGGUUGUCCCUAAGGUUGUUGACCCAAAUGUCGCUUACUAUGAAAAUGAAACAGUGACCCUCGGAAGUACUGCUUCUGGAAUACUGGUUUGGCAGGUUAAUGAUGUCUCAAUGCUCGUCGACUGGAAAGACCCAUCACUUCUUCAAAUCUACAAACACGAGGAUAACUGGUCCAAUACUUCCGGUGUGGUAAAGCUCGAUGAAGCAAACGAAUGGGCAUAUGUAUUGAUACAGAGUGACCUAACCAUCCCUCAUCCAAUCCACUUGCAUGGCCACGACUUUUUUGUAUUGGAACAAGGUAUAGGGGACUACGACGCAAGCUCACACACACCAGUGAGCAAUUUGUUAAAUCCGCCGCGACGGGACACAGCCAUGCUCCUGGCUGGCGGCUAUCUUCUCAUUGCAUUCCAAACCGAUAAUCCUGGAGCUUGGCUGAUGCACUGUCACAUUGGUUUCCAUACUGUUGAAGGGCUGGCUAUGCAAUUUAUUGAACAGUAUAGUAACAUUCCAGACCUGAUAGACCCAGAAGUGAUGUCAAAUACCUGUGAAAAGUGGGAUCAGUGGCAGGAUUCUCAACGAUUGGUUGACGAUGACUCUGGGAUCUAA